AUGUUGCUCUCCGGGUUCACCACUAUCCUUGUCCUCCUCCCAUUCACCUCAGCGAGUGUUCACACGUUAAAGCUCAAGAAGCUCCCACAAGUCUCACUGGAACAUGCGCUUGAGACAGCCUUCCUCACUGAGAAAUAUGGCGCACAGACUCCUUACCAACAACUCCCUUUGAUGGGAGUUGGUGGCGCUGGACGUAACAUUCGUCCAACACUCGAGGAAAAUAGUCUCGUCUGGAACCAGGAGUUCAUCAACGACGGCCAUCGUGUCCCCCUCGACUUCCCUAAUAUAUUUCGGCAUUAUGUUGAGAUUGAGCUCGGCACUCCACCUCAAAUGUUCAAGGUUAUCCUUGACACUGGGUCAAGUGACUUCUGGGUCACCAGCUCCAAGUACGAAUCUGACUCGUGCAAACCUCCGAGUCUCAUCCAUUUGAAGUACAAUUCCAGUGCUUCCUCCACAUACAAGGCGAAUGGCGCUAGGUUCUCCUCCGGGUACGAAACUGGCUCCGUGAAGGGCAUCAUCUCCCAAGAUGACCUCCGCAUCGAAAACCUCGCUGUCAGUGGCCAGAACUUCGGAGAGGUUACUGGGGGUAGUCGCGCCACAAUUGACACGUACACGAGCUUCGGGGGUGUCCUCGGUCUUGGCUACAAAACCCACUCCCACAAGCACGUCGUCCCUCCGUUUUACAACAUGGUCGAUGGAGGUCUCAAGCCCGUCUUCUCCUUCCGCUUUGGUCGCUCUGAGGUUGACGCUGGUGAAGUCACAUUUGGCGGUAUAGACCCGCUGGCUUACACUGGUGGCAUCGCCUAUGUGCCUUUGAGCAGUACUGGAAACUGGGAGGUUAAGCUUCAGAAAGUCACAUUUGGAGAUACGAUACUAGAUUUCAAAAGCAAGAGGACGGGCGCUGCUAUCGACACUGGCACCUCCCUCAUCGCACUCCCCACAAAGAUUGCCGAAAAGUUCAACACCAAAAUUGGUGCCACCCGUCGCGAGAACUCGACCCUUCACUUUGUUGACUGCACCAAAAUCUCAUCGUUGCCGGAACUGACGUUUUAUUUCAACGGCAAACCCUACGCACUGAAGGGAAGUGAUUAUGUGGUUGUAGAGAGUCAGGACCGCUGCAUUUCGCCGUUUAUUGGUGCAGAUAUACAUGCGAUUGGACGUUCACUGUGGAUUUUGGGCGAGCUGUUCCUCCGCCGAUACUACACGAUUUUCGACUUUAAUCCGACGGGCGUCGCCCGAAUUGGGUUCGCCAAAGCUGUAUGAGGGCUUCAACACCGCAGCGAAGCGGGUAUAUGCUUGAUGAGGUACGGUGUUAUGCAGUACGUGUGCACAUACAAGGCCCCUCAGCGAUCUUCAAUUCAAUAGUUUCAACCUUUGCCAAGUGCCAGUGGGCUGGGCGCACAAGAACAGCAUAUAUUGCUGUCUUUCAUCGUGGGUGUCUGUUCUGAAUUCACAGUGCUUAGCAAUACCUACUUUCGAUGUUGACGCAAAAAUUGUAUUCCGACUUGCGAUAUUAAAAAAAAAUCUUCAGAGCAUGCCUAAGAGAAUGACAUAGGCAAGUAAUUAUGACCCGCGUGUG